AUGGGGCCGGCUGCAGAACAAGACACCUACGUGCUUGAUUCCAUUCCUUCGGGUAUCUUGAGUAGUCCAGACGAUAUCGACGCCGACAUGAUCCAAGUCUACGCCGGUACCAAGUACCAUUGGGACCCUCCUGUCCACUUCUGCCAGCUCCAAGACGAAUUUGCGCCCGCGGAUGACGCCGUGAAACAAGCCGCUUCGGAUGCCAUCGAAACCCUCGUGGGUCAUAAUGGCCCAAUUCUUGUCAGGCUCUAUUUCAAGCACAUCCACCCCGAGCUACCAAUGCUCUCCAAGGGCAGGUUCUUGAGACAGUACGCUACCGACAAGACAAAGCUCCCGGCAUCUCUCCGGGGGGCUGUAUAUGCCCUCGCUUCCGUCUUUCAGAAGAAGGAUACGUCUCUGAAAGGGUCAUUGCCUUUCCAGCAACACCAGCUUGUCCAUUACGCGACCGACUCCCUGCAGCGGGAGCUCGACUCUCCAAACCUGGCCAAGCUGCAGGCUAGCCUUCUGCUGCUGCACGUCAAGCCCAACCAUGUCGAUAGCAUCGAGCACCCGCGGACCUGGACCUCGACUGCCCAAGCCGUGGCUACGGCGCAGAUGAUCGGACUUCAUCAGGAUGCCGAGAGGUGGUCCCUACCGCCAUGGGAAAAGCGGUUGCGCAGCUAG